AUGAAGGUUUUAGAGCGUGUCCUGGAGGCUCGUCUGAGGAAAAUUGUUAGCGUUUCACUCAACCAGUGCGGUUUUGUGAAGGACUGCAGCACUAUAGAUGCUAUCCAUGCUGUCCGAAUCCUUCUGGAGAAACAUCGAGAGAAGAACCGCAGUGUGCAUCUUGCUUUUUUCGAUCUCGAGAAAGCUUUCGACCGUGUCCCACAUGAGCUGUUGUGGAUGUCCAUGAGGUCGCAUAGAGUACCAGAAGAGUAUGUGCGGUGGACGAAGCUGCUUUAUGCGAAGCCUACCAGCGUUGUACGAGGUGCUGCUGGAACAAACAGGGCAUUCUCUGUACAGGUAGGUUCAUCAGGGUUCAUCCCUCUCACCCCUGCUGUUCAUACUGUGCAUGGACACGAUAACGAAGGAAAUCCAGAAGCAGCAUCCGUGGACUCUACUCUUUCCCGACAAUGUCAUGCUCGCGUCGGAGUCUCGAGAUGA